AUGUCGUCGUUCAUGGGUGCGUUUGGUAGCAAUGACGGCACCGAGCAGCGCGCCGGUGUCCCGCUGCAGACAUCUUCUUCGCAACCGCACAUCGAGCAGGACAUUGUCCACGAGAGAAGCGAGGCCGCCACAUUAGCCACCUCCAGAUCCCGAUCCCAGUCCCGCGGCCGCACCGCCACCUCGACCAAGCCCACGGAAGCCGUCGAGGACGAGAAGAACGGCUCCGAGUCUGACAGCGAAUCCGAGCACGAGCGCGUCCGCCAGGUCACUUCUCUCGCCCGCCAAUACACCAAUGCUUCGCACUACUCCGCCAUUGGCAAGAACCCCUUCACCGAGGCCGAGCCCAACUCGUCCCUGGAUCCCAAUGGGGAGAACUUCAACGCUCGCGCAUGGGCCAAGGCCCUGCUCCAUCUCCGGUCGCGCGACGCCGAAAAGUAUCCCGAGAGAACGGCUGGCAUUGCUUACAAGAACCUGAAUGUCUUCGGCCAUGGAAAUGCAACCGACCACCAGAAAAGCGUCGGCAACGUCUUGCUGGACAUCCCCGGCCUCGUGAACCAAGCUCUUGGCAAGGGCCAGCGCAGGAUCGACAUCCUCCGCGACUUUGAGGGCCUUGUGGAGGCCGGCGAAAUGCUUGUCGUCCUGGGUCCUCCUGGUUCGGGGUGCUCCACCUUGCUGAAGACUAUUGCAGGAGAGACGCACGGGUUCAACAUCGACAAGAACUCGUACAUCAACUACCAGGGCAUCUCCGCCCACGAGAUGCACAACUACUUCCGCGGUGAGGCCAUCUACACCGCCGAGGUCGAUGUCCACUUCCCCAACAUGACCGUUGGUGACACCCUCGCCUUUGCCGCUCGCGCAAGAGCUCCCCGCAACACCCUUGGCGAUGUCGACCCCUGGACUUACGCCACGCACAUGCGUGAUGUUGUCAUGGCCAUGUACGGCAUAUCGCACACUGUCAACACCCGUGUCGGUAAUGACUUCAUCCGCGGUGUCUCCGGUGGUGAGCGCAAGCGUGUCUCUAUCGCCGAGGCCACUCUCAGCCAGGCCCCUCUCCAGUGCUGGGAUAACUCUACUCGUGGUCUCGACUCAGCCAACGCCAUCGAGUUCUGCAAGACUCUGCGCAUGCAGACUGACCUUAUGGGAUGCACCGCUUGCGUUGCCAUUUACCAGGCUCCUCAGUCUGCUUAUGACACCUUCGAUAAGGUCGCCGUGCUCUACGAGGGCCAUCAGAUCUUCUUUGGCCGCUGUGGCGAGGCCAAGCAGUACUUCGUCGACAUGGGCUUCGAUUGCCCCGAUCGCCAGACUACUGCCGAUUUCUUGACCUCGAUGACAUCUGCCCAGGAGCGUGUUGUCCGCCCCGGUUUCGAGAACAGGGUGCCCCGCACCCCGGAGGAGUUCGCGGCUCGCUGGAAGGAGAGCCGGGUCCGCGCUCAGCUGCUCAAGGAUAUCGAUGAUUACGACAAGAAGUAUGCCAUCGGCGGGGAGUAUCUUGAGAAGUUCAAGCAGUCUCGCCAGGCGCAGCAGUCCAAGCGCCAGCGCAUCAAGUCGCCGUACACGCUCUCCUACAACGGCCAAAUCAAGCUGUGCCUGUGGCGUGGUUUCCAGCGUCUCAAGGGCGAUCCCAGUCUGACCAUCACCCAAAUCUUCGGCAACACGAUCAUGGCGCUUAUUCUUGGAUCCGUCUUUUACAAUCUCGCAGACGACGCCUCGAGUUUCUACUCCCGCGGUGCCCUUCUGUUCUUCGCCGUUUUGUCCAACGCCUUCGGUUCCGCUCUCGAAAUUCUGACUCUCUAUGCUCAACGCCCGAUUGUGGAGAAGCACUCCAGAUACGCCCUAUACCAUCCUUCGGCCGAGGCCUAUGCAUCGAUGAUUACGGACUUGCCUUACAAGAUUGCAAACGCGAUAUGCUUCAACCUGAUCUUGUACUUUAUGGCCAACCUCCGUCGCGAGCCUGGCGCCUUCUUCUUCUUCCUCUUCAUCUCAUUUAUCCUUACGUUGGUCAUGUCGAUGAUGUUCCGUACGAUUGCUUCUGUCUCUCGUACGCUGUCCCAGGCUAUGGCACCGGCGGCUGUCCUCAUCCUUGCGCUCGUCAUCUACACUGGCUUCGUUAUUCCGACACGCUACAUGCUGGGCUGGUCUCGCUGGAUCAACUACUUGGAUCCCAUCUCGUAUGGAUUCGAGUCUCUGAUGAUCAACGAGUUCCACAACCGUAACUUCACCUGCAAGACCUUCGUCCCAAGCCCGCAGAUUCCGGGCUACGAGAACAUUGGUCCCAUGAACAUGGUUUGCGGUACCACUGGAUCUCAGCCGGGUCAGGAUUACAUCGACGGCGAUGCGUUCAUCAACACUUCGUAUGAGUACUACCACGCUCACAAGUGGCGAAAUGUGGGCAUCGAGUUCGCUUUCAUGAUCUUCCUGUGCGGUUGCUACCUCGCUGCUACUGAGUUCAUCUCGGCCAAGAAGUCGAAGGGUGAGGUCUUGGUUUUCCGCCGCGGCCACAUUCCCGCCACCGCUAAGACGACGGAUGAUGUUGAAGGCGCGCCCGCGGGCCGUGUUCCCGUUUCCGAGAAGACCGACAACGCCGACGCCAUUAUCCAGAGGCAAACUGCCAUCUUCCACUGGGAGGACAUGUGCUACGACAUCAAGAUCAAGGGUGAAGACCGACGCAUUCUUGACCACGUCGACGGCUGGGUAAAGCCAGGUACGCUCACUGCUCUUAUGGGAGUCUCUGGUGCCGGUAAGACGACGCUUUUGGAUGUGCUCGCAACCCGUGUCACCAUGGGUGUCAUUACCGGCGAUGCGUUCGUCGAUGGUCGCCAGCGUGAUGCCUCCUUCCAGCGCAAAACCGGUUACGUCCAGCAACAAGAUUUGCACCUUCAGACUUCCACUGUCCGCGAGGCCUUGACCUUUAGCGCCCUGCUCCGCCAGCCUGCUCAGGUUUCUCGCGAAGAGAAGCUCGCGUAUGUCGAAGAGGUCAUCAAGCUUCUUGACAUGGAAGAGUAUGCCGAUGCGGUUGUCGGCGUCCCCGGUGAAGGUCUCAACGUCGAGCAGCGCAAGCGUCUUACUAUUGGUGUUGAGCUCGCGGCUAAGCCCCAGCUCCUUCUCUUCCUUGACGAACCCACGUCCGGCCUCGACUCUCAAACUUCUUGGGCUAUUUGCGACCUGAUGGAGAAGCUCACCAAGAAUGGCCAGGCCAUUCUUUGCACGAUCCACCAGCCUUCUGCAAUGCUUUUCCAGCGCUUUGACCGUCUGCUCUUCCUGGCCAAGGGUGGCAGGACUGUCUACUUCGGCGAGAUUGGACACAACUCGAAGGUCCUGACCGCGUACUUCGAGCGUAACGGCGCUCCUCACUGCCCGCCCGAGGCCAACCCAGCCGAGUGGAUGCUCGAGGUCAUUGGCGCUGCUCCUGGCUCGCACACCGAAGUCGACUGGCACCAGGCUUGGCGCAACAGCGCCGAGUACCAGGCUGUCAAGGACGAGCUCAGGCAGAUGAAGGCGGAGCUUCCGCUGAAGACGCAGCCUUCGUCGGGCGAUGAGAAUGCUAGCUUCCGUGAGUUCGCCGCGCCGUUUGGUUUCCAGCUUUGGGAGGUCACCAAGCGUGUCUUCGAGCAGUAUUGGCGCACGCCCUCGUACAUCUACUCCAAGCUUGUCCUGGUCGGUGUUUCCGGUCUCUUCGUCGGUUUCUCCUUCUUCAAGGCCAGGAACUCGCAGCAAGGCCUUCAGAACCAGAUGUUCGCCAUCUUCAUGCUCAUGACCAUCUUCGGUAACCUCGUUCAGCAAAUCAUGCCUCACUUUGUCACUCAGCGUUCGCUGUAUGAGGUCCGUGAGCGCCCCAGCAAGACGUACUCGUGGAAGGCUUUCAUGCUCUCCCAGAUCAUCGUCGAGCUUCCCUGGAACACGCUGGCUGCUGUUAUUCUCUUCUUCACGUGGUACUACCCUAUCGGGCUUUAUAGGAACGCGGAGGGCGCUGUUACCGAGCGGGGCGCGCUGAUGUUCUUGUUGAUCUGGGCUUUUCUCAUGUUCACGAGCACCUUUACCGACAUGGUCAUUGCUGGUAUCGAGGCAGCUGAGACAGGUGGCAACCUGGCCAACUUGCUCUUCAUGCUGACGCUCAUCUUCUGCGGUGUCCUCGCCACCAAGGAACAGCUUCCCGGGUUCUGGAUCUUCAUGUACUACAUGUCGCCUUUCACAUAUCUCAUCUCAGGCAUGCUGUCCACGGCAGUCGCCGACUCCGAGGUCACGUGCGCGUCGAACGAGUAUCUUCGCUUCGACCCCGCGGGCGACCAGACUUGCAGCGAGUACAUCCAGCCGUACAGCAUGGCUACUGGUGGUGGCUACAUGCUUAACCCCAACGCGACGUCUGAUUGCCAGUACUGCGCCAUGAGCUCGACCAACCAGUUCCUUGCGCAAAUCGACAUCUACUUCAAGGAUGCCUGGAGGAACUUUGGCAUCAUGUGGGUUUACUGUGUUUUCAACGUUGUCGCCGCAGUCUUCAUCUACUGGCUCGCUCGUGUGCCCAAGAAGAGCAACAAGAAGAAGCAGGAAUAG